UCCAUGUGGGGAAGCGCAUGCGCACACCCAGACCUCAGGAGAAAGAGGAAAGAGGACGAGUAGGAGAAGCGGCGCCAUCUUCUCAGCCCCCCCCCCCGCGGCUCCCAUGGGCGACGCGGCUCAACCCCCGCGGCCGGGCGUCGGCGUCGGGGUGGUGAUCACCAGCCCCGCGCACCCCAACUGCGUCCUGCUGGGCAAGAGGAAGGGCCGGCUGGGCGGCGGCAUGUACCAGGUGCCCGGCGGCCACCUCGAGUUCGGGGAGAGCCUGGCCGAGUGCGCCGCCCGCGAGGCGCGGGAGGAGGCGGCGCUGCGCCUGCGCAACGUGCGCUUCGCCUCCGCCGUCAACGCCGCCUGCCCGGCCGCCGGCUACCACUACGUCACCGUGCUCAUGAAGGGGGAGGCGGAGCCGGGGGCGGAGCCGCGCAACAGCGAGCCGGAGAAGAAUGAGGGAUGGGAAUGGGUGAAGUGGGAUGAGUUCCCCCCGGCGGAGCAGUUGUUCUGGGCCCUGCGGUGCUUAAGGGAGCAGGGCUACAAUCCUUUCAGUGAAGAGUUCGACCACCUGCAGGGGUACACGGGGAGUCACCAGCUGGCCUAGGAUGGAGCUGCUUUAUUUUUACCAUGCUAACAUCACCCAGGUGAAAAUACUACCCUUAGCAAAGCCAAAAACUGCCCGGUGUUCCAGCACUUCCAACCCUGUUGUCAUUCCUUGAGGGCUCCCGAGAGAGAGCAAUUCAACAAACAUUAUUAAUGAUUAAUGUUUUCUUUUCUAUAAAAGUCAUAGGGUUUUACCUGGUACAUCUUCACGUAGAUGGAUAGCCCUUCGGAAGUCACCAAAACCAUUCGGAGAAGCUUGGGAACGGUUAUAGCAUCAUGCCUAAGUGAAGCUGAUUUAAGCCACUGUCUUGCUUUCAGUGUAAAGCUAUGUGGUACAUCGUGCUGCUUUCCUCUAAUUAUAAAUCUUGGACCAAUUUCUAAA